AUGGCAGACUUUCCAAUCCGGGAGGCAAUGAACACACCUACUCUAGGCAAACGAAAGAAUCGCGCAGACGACGAGGCAAACGGAAGACUAGGUGGUCCGAUCCACCAAGAGCGACAUGUCAAGAUCAUCUGCGUUGGUGCAGGCGCGUCUGGCCUCCUCUUCGCUUACAAGAUUCAACGACAUUUCGAAAACUUCGACCUCACCGUCUACGAAAAGAACUCUGAAGUCUCCGGUACUUGGUGGGAGAAUAAAUACCCCGGAUGUGCUUGCGACGUACCUAGCCACAACUACACCUGGUCUUUCGAGCCCAAACUAGACUGGUCAGCCGUGUACGCCAGCUCCGGCGAGAUCUUCAACUACUUUAACAGCUUCGCCCACAAGUACAAGCUACACAAAUACGUCAAAACGAGCCAUCAAGUCGUCAACUCCGUCUGGGAUGACGGAGACAGUCGAUGGCAUGUAACGAUCAAAGACCUCAAAUCUGGCCAAGAAGUGCAAAACUCCUGCGACAUCCUGAUCAACGCUUCUGGUAUUCUCAACAACUGGCGAUGGCCCGCCAUCCCGGGCCUCUUCGACUACAAAGGCAAGCUCCUCCACACCGCCAACUGGGACGACAGCGUCGACCUGUCAGGCAAACAUGUAGGGCUCAUCGGCAACGGCUCCUCUGGCAUCCAAGUCCUCCCCAAUAUCCAACCCAAAGUCUCCCACGUCACAACCUUCAUCCGUGAACCGACUUGGGUCUCGCCCGUGCAAGGCCUAGAACAACACGUCUUCUCCCCUCAAGAACGCCGGGACUUUGAGACGAAAGCCGGGACACUACUCGAAUACCGCAAAUCCAUCGAGACUGGUCUGAACGGCCAAUUCGGCCUCUUCCUCAAGAACUCCACCGUCAAUACCGCAACACAAGAAUACAUGACGGAGCAAAUGAAGCAGAAAAUCAACGACGACCACCUCAUCUCCAAACUCAUCCCGGACUGGAGCGUCGGCUGCCGUCGCCUCACCCCAGGAGUCAACUACCUCGAAUCCCUAACAAAACCCAACGUCACAGUCGUCUACGGCGAAAUCACCAAAGUCACCGAACGCGGCUGCCUCUGCGACGACGGCAAAGAAUACCCCCUUGACAUCCUCAUCUGCGCCACCGGCUUCGACACCACCUUCAAACCCCGCUUCCCUCUCAUCGCCGGCAACGGCAAGAACCUCCAAGACGAAUGGGCCAAGGAACCGAAAUCCUACCUCGGUGUCGCGGCCGCUGAGUUUCCCAACUACCUUAUUUUCUUGGGCCCGAAUUGUCCCAUUGGGAAUGGGCCGGUGUUGUCGGCGAUUGAGUUGCAGGCGGAUUAUAUGUGCAAGUUGAUUGAUCAUUGGCAGACGCAUAAUAUCAAGAGCUUUUCGCCGAAGAAGGAGGCGGUGGAGGAUUUUAUAAGGCAUAAGGAUGAGUUUAUGCGGAGGACGGUUUGGAGUGAUCCUUGUCGAUCAUGGUACAAAUCCGGUCAGAUUGACGCUCCGAUCACUGCUUUGUGGCCGGGUAGUACACUCCACUACAUCGAAGCCCUAGCCGAUAUUAGGAUGGAGGAUUUUAAUGUCGAUUAUGCGGGUAAUAGGUUCUCGUAUCUGGGCAACGGGUACUCGCAGACUGAACUCGAUGAGACUUGCGAUUGGGCAUAUUAUAUUCGGGAGGAGGAUGAUGGAGAGUGGUUGAGCAGAGGCAGGAGGCGGAAGGAUCUGACGCGCAGUGGGACUGUUAAGAGAACGGAGGCGGUCAAUUUCACUGGCGCGGGGACGAUUGAGAGUGGAGCGGAGUCGAAGUUGUGA